GCGAUGCGCGGCGAAGCAGGAUGAUGCAGGAAACGCCAGCACUGCGCCGGACCAGGCCGGCUGGCUUCGGAGACCCCGGGUCCAUUCCGCCCCCCUUCCACAAACGCCCGGGUUCAGGUAGGGGAGGGAGCUGCGAGCCGCCUUUCAUCUCCGCUCACCCCUGCCCCGGUGAAAAAGCCUGAGGAGGCACAUCCUGUGAGCAAGUUUGAAAAGGAAAGAAUGGAAGGUCCCGACCCGCGAGGACGGACAAAGAAGGGUUAGAGGGUUCUUGUCUGGCAGAACCAAAGAAUGAAUCUCACAGAAACAAAAGGGUGAAGUCAUUUAUUAAGAGAAGGCAUGUUAUUAUCUGACGUCAUCACAAGAAGAAAGGAUAUGUGUGUGGGAUUCUCUUUCUCUUGGAUUGCUCACCCUGGGGAACGGCGACUGCCACGCUGAGUCAACCCCAUUCAGAGGCCCAUGUGGAGAGGGAUGGAAGCCUGUCAGUAAUCAGCCACUUCACCGGCAUGAUUGGAGGAAGAUCAACAAUGGCCGCUGUGAGGAAGGUCACGGACAAGCGGCAUAACCCAGUGGAAAGCAUCUGUAGAAAAAUCAGAGCCAUCCAAAAGAGAGAAGACCUUUCAGAUCCAGUUCGACAGAUUCUCAAAUACCAGUCGAGCAGUCUUGAUAGUCCGCAGAUUAACACCAAGAAAGAUAUUGAAGAGGUUCUAGAGAACAUGGCGACCACUCCUAUUCCGUCGCCCAACACUUUCUUCUCAAGUACCGCGAGAGACGAUGCCAUCAUUACAUCUCUUCAAGUAAGGUCUCCAAGAACCCCAUCCUUUUCUCAUCUCCGCCCUCCUGAGAAUGCCACAUAUCCUGUUCCUCUCACCAGUUCUGAACACCUCUCAAGGCCAAGAUCUGAGAGCUGUCAGAAUUCUACAUCCUGGGCAUCACAGACCAGGAAGGGGGAGCACUUCUCUACCAAGGAUUUGAAUAAGCAUUGUGAAAAUCAUUUUAAUGCCUUAACAAAUCUUGACUUUGAUUCAACCUCUGAUAAAAACUCUGAAUGUCUUACUCCUCAGGAAUCAGUGGUGAAAAAAUUAUCUCUAAAUGAAGCUGGUUCAGUAGGAGUUGCCAAAAUAAUAGAUUAUCUGAAACAAGAAAGUAGUCAAAAUCAUGAAGAUCGUGGACUUGAGGAGCUAUGGAACAUACUUGAUCCUAAAAAGGGAGACCUGCAUGUGGACCUGGAAAUUUUUCGUGCCAUCAUGAAAGAAUGGAUGGCUUGCUGUAGAAUCAAAUGCAGGGACAGAAUGAGAGGUUCCGGCAGCAGGAUGGAUGACUCCGGUUUUGAACGGGACAGUAUAAAACCAAGCAGAGCAAUUAAGAUGACCACAGAUAAAACAGAACCUACGUCACGGAGCUUCGAGGCUUUGAGUGGAGAUUCGUGUAAAGGAGUCUUAGAGGUGUCUGAUUUGAUGACUUAUGUAGCAGACCUGCAUUCUAACAAGCAGAAAUUGGAGGAGGAAAAUAAUAAGUUUAAAUCAGCAUUAGAAACCUUGGAAGACGCUAACUGCCAGUUAUCAAAGGAUUGUACUGAAUUGCGCCAUCAGAUAAAAAGGAGACAGAAAACCGGGCUCUGAUUCUUAAGAUUCGGAUUCUCCAAGAAGAGAAUACUAAGAACAUAAUGGAUAUAUAUAAAUUGGAAAAGAAGAUUGAGGAAUUGUCUAAAACUGAGACAGAGCA